AUGCAGCUCGCGUGCUGGCUAACAGUUUUCCUGGUACUUGUCCUCCAACCCGGUGUGGAGUCUAGAGUUCGUGGCAGGCAAUAUGAUGAGGAGAAAGACACAAUUGUCGAACUGCCCCAAUUAGGCAGCAUCCAGGGAAAAAUUCUCGAAACAGCAUGGACAAAACGCGAAGUGCUGCAGUUUGUAGAUGUCAGAUACGCAGAACCUCCAACAGGACUGAAUCGGUUUAAGGCUCCUCGGCCCAUUGAGCCUUGGGAGGACGUGAUGGAUGCCACAGCGGAGAAGAUUGGCUGCCCCUCGGUAGUGUCGAUGGACUCACUUCGAAAGCUGGAUGACGUUUUGGACGUAGAGGACUGUCUGACCAUGACCAUCACCACUCCAAACGUGACUGCACGGCUGCCGGUUCUCGUUUACAUCCACGGCGAGUAUUUGUACGAGGGCAGCAACUCGGAGGCGCCGCCGGACUAUCUGCUCGAGAAGGAUGUGGUUUUGGUCACCCCGCAGUACCGGCUUGGACCCUUUGGCUUUCUGUCUACAAAGACGGACGAGAUUCCCGGGAAUGCCGGUUUUCUGGACAUCUUCCUCGCCCUGCAGUUCAUCAAGCACUUCAUCAAGCAUUUUGGAGGUGACCCAUCGCGGGUUACGGUAGCUGGACAAGUGGGCGGAGCAGCUAUUGCCCAUCUGCUUACGCUGUCUCCGAUGGUGCAGCGCGGCCUCUUCAGUCAAGUAAUAUACCACUCGGGAUCGGCUUUAAUGCCAAUCUUUCUGGAGGAGGAUCCGCGCAAGCAUGCCCAGGAGAUCGCCAAGAAGGCCGACUGUCAGAUGGUGACAGUGCGGGACCUAAACACCUGUCUUAUGGAGCUAACGGCGCUCGAGCUGCUUACUGCCUUUAUGGAGCACGCACUGGAAAAAUCUGACCUCGGCAUUGGUUAUACAGGCGGCAUACAGUUCACCAUCGGUGGACCCAGUGGAGUGCUGCCCAAGCAUCCUUACGAUCUUAUGCUGGAGUCGAACUUCUCUUACCCAGCAAUGGGGGGCUGUCCGAAAAACGCCGGAACUCGAGUGCUCAAUGAGAUUGUGGACAAUGACUUUGAGGGGAAGAUUCCGGACGACGAUUACAACACGUACAACUACAUAGACCACGUGAUCCGCCAGGUGGUAGGCACCGACAAAACGAUGCUCCUCACCAGCUUCGUCACCCACGAUUUCUUUAACCGUCAACUGCUGGAAAACGGGACCUUCGACACACUUAUCCCUAGGCUAAUCGAUGUGGCUGGCACUCUUAACCACAAACUGCCCGUUCUGAUGGCCCUGAACAUGAACAACAAACACAACCCGCACAACACCUUCCUCUACUCUUUCGACUAUGCGGGUGAGUUUAACCGCUACAAGGAAAUGGACGAGGAGACCAAUAUGCAGAGCCCCUUCAAGGCGGGGGUUUCGCUGACCGACGAGGCCCUCUACCUGUUCCCCUACCCCGAACACGUGACCCGCCUCAGUCCGCCGGACAUGACGAUGGUCCACCGGAUGGUGGAGCUCUGGACGAACUUCGUGAUUAGUGGCAAUCCUCUGGGAUCCCACCGCGUCGGACUCUGGCCGCCGAUGACUACGCUUUAUGGCCCCUACAUGAGGAUCGACGAGACGUUGACCAUCGGGGGUGACUACUUCAGCGAGUUCUCGGCCACCGCCAACGACGAGAAGCAAGGUCACAGUCUGAUCCGGGAGAUAUAUUAUUUGCGAAGCCGCAGCCGAAAACGGGCUCAAAAUAAGCGCCGGAAGCAACUGGCCGCCUUCAAUGCCAGCAGGUCCAAGAAGCUCGGCGGACGCAAGAGGUUGGUGAAGCGGCCAAGUCGCAACAAGAUACGUUUUUGA